CGGGUCAAGCUGUACGUCCUCGGAGGAGAUGGGCAGUGGGAUGACCGGGGGACUGGCUAUGUCUCCUACCAGUUCGUCCAAGGGAACGGGGCUGUUGAGGGGCUGCGGGUCACCUCGGAGGCAGACGACAGCAAGGAUCUUUUGAUGACCAAGAUCUUCGAGGAGGAUGUGUUUCAACGACAGGGUGAUACCAUUGUGACGUGGACGAACCCCGAGACGAGGGAGGAUGUGGCAUUGAGCUUCCAAGAGGCCGAUGGAGCCAAGGAGAUCUGGAAUAUUAUUUGUCAGGUGCAGAGCAGGUUGCGGAAGAAUUCCAGCGAAGAGUGCGACACGGAGAAUAACUCGGGCAACAACAGCAGCGGAGUGUUGCACAACUCAGACGACUUCUAUGAGAUGAGCCUCCCGCAACCCGAGAUGGAGAACCUGGAGAAGCUGCAAGAGAUCGUCUCGAGCGCAACCAGUGUGACUCGUGACCGCAUAGUGGACGGGGUGAUGCAGGAUGGGUACCUAGCCAAGAUCUAUCAGAUCUUCAGGACUUGUGAGGACCUUGAGAUGGAGCAGUCUUUGCACACGUUGUUCAAGAUCUUUAAGGGUCUCAUAAUGCUGAACGAGCCCUCUCUCAUAGAGCUGUGCCUCUCCGACCAGAACGUGCUCGACACGAUGGGGAUUCUGGAGUACGACCCGGAGUAUUCCAAUCACACGGUCAAGCACCGCGAGUACCUCAAGAAUCCCAACCUGUUCAAAGAGGCUGUUCCCAUCAAGAGUCCAGCCAUCCUCUUUAAGAUUCAUCUCAAUUUCCGGCUCACAUACCUGAAGGAUGUGGUGAUGGCAAGGUAUAUAGACGAUGUGUCUUUCAGCACUAUACGAGAAUUGAUCUUGCUCAACAAUGUCGAAAUCAUCGCUCAGAUUCAAUCCGAUUCCGCGAUGCUGGAGGAGCUCUUCGAGCUCUGCCGCUCGCCUUCAACCCCCAAGGCAGAAGCCAAGAACGGAAUGAACUUGUCGGAGAAGAAGAGGAAUGGCUUCCUGUUCUUGCGUGAACUGCUGGAAAUCGCCAAGCCCCUCCAGCUUCCACCUCAGAUGGCGUUCUUCAGGUCAAUAUCUUCACACGGCUUGUUCUCGAUUCUCCAGAAUGGUGUCAACUCGGAAGACAAUACGAUCGUGUCGGCAAGUACAGAUAUCAUGCUCUGCACUCUCAACCACGACCCUCAGCUGCUCCGCUCGUACAUCAACAGCGAGGAAGGGGACAACCUGCUGAAGAAUCUCAUCCAAGGCCUUCUCUUCUUCCAGGACGUUGGGCUCAAAGCGCAGAUCACUGAGAUCCUGCGGUGCUUGUUCGACUCGACAACCUUUGGGUGCCCGGUCGAGAGAGACGGGCUCCUGGAGACGUUCUACCUCCACCACAUGGACACUCUGAUGUCUCCCUUCACGUCGGAAGACUCUUUCACUGAGGAUGGCGAGCUGAGGAAGGAAUGCUGGGACUGUGCGAGGAAGCAUGUGGUGGAGCUGCUCUCCUUCUGCAUCGAGCAUCACGAACCGCGAGUCAUGUUGUACAUGAAGAGACACGACGUUCUCCACAAGGUCCUCAAACUGUUCCGCCAACCAAACAAGCACCUGGUGCUUGCUGCUUUGAAGUUCCUACGGCAGUGCGUCGGUGCCAACAACUCGUUUUACAACAGAAGCAUCGUCAAGAACGAUCUGUUCUCAGGGGUUGUACAUCUGCUGAAGCAGCAUUUGUAUCGCAACAAUCUUGUCAACUCAGCGAUCAUUGAGCUGUUUGAUCACAUCAGAGUGAAAAACAUGAAAAUUCUGAUCAAGUACAUUGUGGAGAAGUACCGGCAAGUGUUCGAGCACAUAGAUUACGUCGAGACAUUCAAGUUGAUAAUCAUCAAGUACGAUCAG